AUGCCUAAUAAAACUGAAGAAAGGCCUACCAAAAAGUACUCUGGCUUUGUACAAUCCGUUGGGAUCACAUGCAUUCUAAUAUUUAUCAUAAUAUGGUCUUUUAUACCGUAUCCGCUGGUUAGGGAAGAGCUGGACUCAACGCCGAAAACAAUCUUACAAAAUGCAUAUAUCUUAUUUGAUGACUUGGUAGAUCUUCUGCCUCAAAGAUAUUGGAUCAUAUGCAUACAGUGUAUGAUACUAAUGAAUAUGCUGUUUGUAUAUAUUGGAUUACCUAUUUUUAAUGAUGCUGUAUUAAAUGUAUCGUUGGAUGACCUUCGAACAAUUACAGAUUCAAAGACUACUAUCGUUGAAUUUGGAAGCCAUGAAGAAUUUAUGAGGCGUUACGCCCACCAAGAAACUAGUGGGGUGUAUGAUAUACCAAUAACCAAGGUUUCCAUCAUAUUGCAUGGCCUACAUAAAUCUAAAGAUAUUUAG